AAAUACUUUUCUGUGCGAGUGAAAUACCAUCUUUCACAUUAAAGGAAGAACGCAGAUUGAGGGUGUAUGAGAACUGCACACCGACUUCCUGCUGGUCGAGGGCCGUGGAAAUAACUUUUAACGCGGUUAGAGCACGUUAGAAAUUGCACAGUGCAGAGUCCUGCAAACUGCACUCUUCACCAGACACUUCUUGGAUGACCAAAUCAAGAAGGAUGGGACGGGCGGGGCAAUUUUGGUUGGAAAGACUGAAGAGAAAAGGUCACUCGGAAGACACAGGAGUAAAUGGGAGGAUGUUAAAAUGAGUCUUUGGGAAAUAUGUGUGGACUGGAUUCAUCUUUCUGAAGAUACGAACAGCUUGCGGGCUGUUAUGAACACGGCAAUGAAUUUUUGGGUUCCUUAAAAGGCGGCAAUGACUAACCAAGCGACUAUCGAUCGGUCUCUCAAGAAAAUAUCUGCUCCAUGUAGUAAGUUACUUAGUUGGGGCCUAUAUUGGACAUAAAUGGACCGAAAUUAAUUUUGGUACACUUCUCAACAGCACAUAUCAUAAAGUGUGGGUUAAAUAUACGGAUAGAUGUAACUCACCAUUGCACAUUCAUUUUGUGAACAGCGAAGAAAGAAUAAACAGAAGAUGGGGGCGCAGGGGCUGUGCUAUCCGAAUCGAUGAGAUUCUGCCGGGUCCAGGCCCGAAAAUGGAAAUGACUGUUCAAAUGUCACUGUAUUAGCAUCAUUCGAUACGACAGUGGAAGUGUUACUGGUAAACCGUGUGUAAAUUCUUUUCAUACUAGACCCAGACAUUUUUAUUUAAAUUUGAACAAUGGGGCUUAAAUAGCAACACCAACAUUUACAGAGAUAACCCCUAGCAGGUCGCGGUUUGAUGGUAGUGGCAGAGCAGAGCGUAGCCAGCACAGAUUAUGUGGUCGGUGUCCUUGGUGCCUGCAGGUCCGCUGUAUCGUGCCCGAUCCGUCACCAGUGGCAUUGUUCAUUGCCGGCUACCAGCACGCAGUCAUGCAGCCAGUGAUCCAGUGAAAUACACGCACAGAACUGUACCAGAGCUUGCAGCUUGAGAACUUUUGAAAGUUUGGUUUUGGGCGUUCUGGUCAUGGGGUCAUGCUGCAGUGGCUCCGACAGGGUUGAACCUACCAAUGAAAGAGCCACAGAGCUUGAUAAUAUAAGCAAGAGUGAGGGAAAUGAAUCAGAUUUCCAACUUCCUGUGAAGAAACGAAGCUGCACAGAUGUCUUUUUCUUGAUCAUAAUGCUGCUAUUCUUAAUUUCACUGGUUGUAUUGAUAAUAUACUGUGCUAAGAAUGGUGAUAUCUACAGGAUUAUUAAUGGCUAUGACACAUGCGGGAACAUAUGUGGCCGCUAUAAUGCACCAGUAAAAGAAUAUGACAAACUAGGAGUGUGUUUGGGAGAAGAUAGGAGCCAGGAAAAAUUACUUCAGAUCUCGUGGACUGACAAAGUGAACAGGAAAUGUGUCGAGACAUGCAGUGAUGGAUAUGAGGAGUUUUUUAAUCGUUGCAUUGAAAAGGCUGACACAGGAAUGGACAACACAGUCUCCAAAACAGGAUUUAAAAAUUUUUUCCAGGAAGUUUCAGAAGAUCUUCAGAUGAGCUGGAGAGAGAUUCUCUAUCUGAGCCUUAUUGCUUUUGGCUUCUCACUCGUACUUCUCAUCCUGUUUCGCUGCUUUGUUGGUAUCCUUGUUUGGCUGGUGCUCAUUGGCGUCACACUAGCUUGUAUCGGCGGUACCAUCUACUUAUGGAUUCUGUGGAAGUUAAAGAAAGAUGAGUUGAAGAAUACAGAGGCCAACACAGAUGUUACAAGUCAUCUGGCUUUUGCUGUUGUUGCUACUAUCAUUACGGUGAUAGUAUUGCUGGUAAUUCUGGUGAUGAGGAAACGUAUCAAGCUGGUGAUCCAACUGUUUAAAGAGGCUGGAAGAGCCAUUAACAGCAUGCCACUGCUGUUUCUGGAACCCCUACUGACGUUUGUGGCACUAGGAGUGGUAGUGGCUGCAUGGCUCAUGUUCAGCCUUAUAAUUGAAAGUUCUGGGUUCUUCACUCCCAAUAAUCCAGCCUCUUACGAGAAAGACCAAACAAUGAAGGUAACACAGUGGUACAACCUGCUGGGUCUCUUCUGGUUCAUACAGUUCUGUACUGGCUGCCAACACAUGAUUAUUGCUGGUGCGGUUGGAAAAUGGUUCUUCACAAGGAAUAAAAACAACCUAGGUUUUCCUGUCUCAAAAAGUUUCUUUAACCUGGUGCGUUACCACUUGGGAACAGUGGCAAUGGGAUCUCUUUUCAUCGCCCUGGUGCAACUUGCCCGCACCAUCCUUGCAGCUAUUCAGUCUCAGCUCAAAGGUCAUGAAAAUGCAGUUAGCAGGUGCCUGUUCAGAACCUGCCAGUGUUGCCUCUACUGCUUCGAAAAGAUCCUCAAGUACCUUUCGCGUAAUGCUUAUAUUGAAACAGCAGUCUUUGGAUAUAGCUUUUGUCGAGGUGGGCAAGAAGCCUUCAGGCAUCUGGCAUCAAAUGCACUGCGAGUUGCAGCCAUCAAUUCCGUUGGAGACUUUGUACUCUUCCUAGGCAAAGCUUUGGUGGUGGUUGCAACCAUUCUCAUUGGCAUCACAAUGUUUGAUGACAAGACUGGCAUCCGUCAUGUGUGGGUACCAUUAACAUUAGCUGGAAUAUUUGCCUAUCUUGUUGCUCACUGCUUCAUAACUGUAUAUGAGAUGGCGAUAGAUACUAUAUUCCUUUGCUUCUGUGAGGACUGUGAGCGGAAUGAUGGACUCAGUAGACCCUACUAUAUGAGCAGAGGACUUAUGGAGUUUGUGCAGAACAGCAAAAAGGCCCUGGCUGUGUUGGAUGCAUCUAGCACAUCUCCAAGUCAAGCCUGGAGUACAACAUCCACGAGACAGGCAACAUCUGGCAAGUAAGUUACCUGACUGCUUGUUGAAUUUUGUUAUAGCAUGGAAGACAAAAGCAGCAGGUCAGGACCAUGGCCUGAAAAUGCACGAUGUACAUUAUACUAGUGCAUUUGCAGCAUACAAAACUUAUCAAUACAGCCAGUGAUUUGCAAAUGCAACCACCAGCUAUAUUUAUGAAGCACAAAGAAAAGUAAAAAGUAACAUCAUACAAAGAGAUAGUGUUACCAAGUCUUGUCCCAUCCUUGUAAUUUCUUUUUGCUUACCCUCAAUAAACUCAGUAUCUGGACUCUUGCUCCCAGUAUCCAUUGGACAGGAGUGUGUGGGGUACAAAGCUGGUCAAUAUGCAGUAGCUAAGAACAAAAAUCUCUUUCCCCUGCCAGAAACCAAACCCUAGGUAUAAGC